CGGCACUACCCGACAAAAGGAAAAGAAUAUAUACCCCAUCUCCCCGGGGAAUGGCCCAGCCAAGCAUCUGUGGAAAUCGCAUAUGGAGCCCAUGACGCCUUAAAACGUCGAAAUCAGGCCCACGCUUUCCUGCUUGUACCCAUCCGAUCGGCGGGCAAUUCCUUAUCCCCGUGCGUGCUCGGAGUUCACAGUCAACUUUUUUUUUUCGAUCGCCCUAAUUCCCUUGAUCGUUGAGCAACCUAUUAUCGAUAUCUUCAUCGUCGCAUUCGUGCACAUAAAGCAGUCAUGCCCGAGCAAGCCGCGCACGAGCACGAGCACGAGCACGAGCAGGUGCAUGAGCAUGAUGCGCACUCAACCACUUCAACAGACGACAUCGAGUCUCGCGAUUCGGACCAUCAUGCCGACGAGGAAUCUGGACAGGCGUCCGUCCCUUUAGAGAAACAAACUACCGCAGCAUCGGGGUUUUCGGUAUUCGAGCAGCGCACACAUUCGGUCGUUUCGCGCAUUCGUAGUCGAGAUCCCGGGCAGACGGCCAAGUUUACGCACCCAUUGACGCAUACGAAGACGAGUCCGGACGUGAUUGUGGAUUUCGAAGGUCCCGAUGAUCCUUAUAGACCGUUGAACUGGAGUUUUGGGAAGAAAGCAGUGACAACGGUGUUGUAUGGAUUGACGACGAUGGGUGCCACUUGGGCUAGUUCUAUAUACUCUACGGGCCAGAAGCAAAUCGCUUCGGAAUAUGGCGUUUCCUUGGAGGUUUCGACGCUAGGAACGACACUGCUACUAUUCGGUCUGGGUUUGGGUCCCCUCGUAUGGGCACCUCUGUCAGAGGUGUAUGGUCGUAAACCGGCUGUGCUCGCUCCUUACUUCAUUGCUGCGAUCAUGUCGUUUGGUACUGCGACUGCAAAGGACCUACAGACGAUCAUGUUGACUCGGUUCUUCACGGGCUUCUUCGGCUCAGCACCCGUUACCAAUACCGGUGGUGUCCUGGGUGAUAUCUGGUCACCCGAGGAACGCGGCGUUGCUAUUGUCGGAUACGCCAUGGCUGUUGUUGGUGGACCUGUCCUGGGUCCCAUUGUUGGUGGUGCGAUUGUUCAGAGCUACCUCCACUGGCGAUGGACUGAAUAUAUCACCGGUAUCAUGAUGAUGUUCUUCCUUCUUCUCGACCUCAUCUUCAUCGACGAGAGCUACCCGCCCGUCCUUCUAGUCUACAAGGCACAAAGACUCCGUUUCGAAAGCGGCAACUGGGCUCUCCACGCUCGACAUGAAGAGUGGGAUGUAACCCUCAAAGAACUGGGUAACAAGUAUCUCGUCCGACCCUUCCAGCUACUCGCCACUCCGAUCUGCUUCCUUGUGGCCUUGUACGCCUCCUUCGUAUACGGCAUUCUCUACCUCAGUCUUGCAGCAUUUCCCAUCGUCUUCCAAGAAAUCCGAGGCUGGAACCAAGUCGUCGGCGCCCUACCUUUCCUCGCCUACCUAGUCGGCAUCAUAAUCGGCGCUGUAAUCAACGUAUCCAACCAGCGCUUCUACCUGAAGCGCUUCAAGGCGAACAACAAUCGCGCGGUCCCCGAGGCAAGACUACCACCUAUGAUGCUCGGCUCCGUCCUCUUCGCAGCCGGCAUGUUCGUCUUUGGCUGGACAAGUCCUAAGCACAUCCACUGGAUCGGCCCCAUCAUCGGCGCCGUCAUGAUGGGCUUCGGCUUCUUCACUAUCUUCCAGGCUGCUCUCAACUACCUGAUCGACACUUUUCAGAAAUCCGCCGCCAGCGCGAUCGCAGCAAACACUUUCCUGCGCUCCAUUUUCGCGGGUUGCUUCCCGCUCUUCACCACCGCCAUGUUUCAUAACCUCGGUGUGCCAUGGGCGGCUAGUGUUCUUGGCUUCAUUUCUGUUGCUCUGAUACCCAUUCCGUAUCUUUUCUUUACGUACGGACGGCGCAUUCGAGCGCGCGGUAAGUGGUCGCGUGAUUCACUUUAGACUGUCGCAAAGAAGGAAAAUUACUUCGUUUCUGAUUGCAUAUAAUUUCUCCUGCAUUUUCAUAUGACUUUCGUGUUCUUUGGUCCGGUUAUACUGGCCAGAUAUUAGAUACCCUUGCAUUUUUUUACUUAUUUGAGAAUGGUCGCAUUGGGACAAUUGAUUUGGAUUAUCAGUAUAUAAGCAUUUUUACAUAUCCACGAUUAAUAACAAAG